AAGGGAGGGCAAGGGUGGCGGGGAGGCUUCCGAGAGAGCGCCGGAAGGGUCAGACCCGGACUCGCGUUGCCCUCCUUACUGUCGGUUUGGCGGGACCUCUGAACACUGGAGUCCCGAGUUCAAAGUGACGCUACUGUCGCUGCGGCUGGCAAGUUCUUUUUCUGUGCUUUUAUUGGCUCAACUUUGAAGUUAGUCGUGGACGAGCCGUUUUCAGCCUGGAAAACGGGGUGGCUUGGGCAUCGCCCUUGGGAGCCGAGGGCCAGAGAGACCAAACAUGUCUCAGGCCACCAAGAGGAAGCAUGUGGUGAAGGAGUUGCUAGGGGAGCACAUGGUGCCCUCUGACCACCAACAGAUCGUAAGGGUACUCAGGACCCCAGGGAACAAUCUGCAUGAGGUGGAAACAGCCCAGGGGCAGCGCUUCCUAGUGAGCAUGCCUUCCAAGUACCGCAAGAACAUCUGGAUUAAGAGAGGGGACUUUCUCAUUGUUGAUCCUAUUGAAGAGGGAGAAAAGGUGAAGGCUGAGAUCUCCUUUGUGCUCUGCAAAGACCACGUGCGCUCUCUGCAGAAGGAGGGACUCUGGCCUGAGGCCUUCUCUGAAGUGGCUAAGAAACACAACAACAGGAACAGACAGACUCAGCCAGAACUCCCAGCUGAGCCACAGUCAUCAGAAGAGUCCAGCUCUGAAGAUGAUUCAGACCUCUUUGUUAACACCAACCGCAGACAGUAUCAUGAGAGUGAAGAGGAGAGCGAAGAGGAGGAGGCACCCUGAGACAUGUGACCCAUUCUGCACUUGCUCAGGGACUAUUCCUUCCCUGGCUUUUCUAGGCUUGGACAUUCCCAGGGUGCUCUGCAGACCUUUGCCCCUGGAUGGGGACAAGGCAGGGCCUCUCUCUGAACUGACCUUUUGACAGGAGAAUUAAACCCCUGGUGGGUGGUGACUUG